AUGUCUUUGAAGAAUAUUGGACAUUUCUUGAUGAUCAUUCUUUGGCUCUAUUUUCUCUUGUUACUUUUCCACGGUUGGGAGGCUAGUAGCACCAGUUUUAUCAGGCUACAGAGUGGAAAGAUGCAUCAAUUUUCUACCUCUCACUACAACAGGAAAGCAAUGGCGCCAAGCAAGUUCGACUUCACCCCAUUUCUUCAUCAUCACCACCGCCACCACCACCACCGCCGUGAUCAUCAUCAUAGACAUAUUGCGGUCGAGCGUGAGCCGCCUGAUGAUGGAAGCGGGCUCGAUCCACUUUAUGGUAUUGAUAAACGUCUUGUUCCAACUGGUCCCAAUCCACUACACCAUUGA